AUGAUUACUUCUGCCGCUGGGAUAAUUUCGCUUCUAGAUGAAGAUGAGCCACAGCUCAAGGAAUUUGCUCUUCAAAAACUGGACACCAUAGUCAACGACUUUUGGGCUGAGAUUUCAGGAUCAGUUGAUAAAAUUGAGGUGUUGUAUGAAGAUGAAUCAUUCCGUAGCCGAGAGUUUGCUGCCCUCGUGGCCUCAAAGGUCUUUUAUCAUCUGGGUGCUUUUGAAGAGUCUCUGAACUACGCUCUUGGAGCCGGGGAUCUCUUCAAUGUCACUGAUGAGUCUGAAUAUGUGGAGACCAUCAUUGCUAAAUGUAUUGAUCAUUACACAAAGUUGCGGGUGGAGAAUGCUGAAUUACCAGAGGAUGAAGAGAAGAAAAGCAUUGAUCCCCGUCUGGAGGGAAUUGUCAACAAAAUGUUUUUACGUUGCCUUGAUGACCAUAAAUACAAGCAAGCUAUUGGCAUUGCUUUGGAAACAAGACGACUGGACAUGUUUGAGAAGACUAUUUUAGAAUCGACCGAUGUGAGCGGCCUUCUUGCUUAUAGUUUGAAGGUUUGCAUGUCCUUGAUGCAAAAUAAGAAGUUUCGUAAUGAAGUACUGAGAGUCCUGGUUAAACUCUACAUGAAUUUGGAAAAGCCUGACUUCAUUAAUGUUUGUCAGUGCUUGAUUUUCCUGGAUGACCCGCAGGCUGUGAGCGACAUUUUGGAGAAACUGGUGAAGGAGGACAACCUGCUGAUGGCAUAUCAGAUUUGUUUUGAUCUUUAUGAGAGUGCCAGCCAGCAGUUCCUCUCCUCUGUAAUUCAGAAUCUUCGCACAGUUGGGACCCCCAUUCCAGUUGUUCCCGGAUCUACAAACACAGGAACGGUGCCAACAUCAGACAAAGACAGUGAGGCAAUGGACACUGAUGAAAAACCAGGAAGCUCCCCAGCUGGAAAACCAGUAGAUUCUAAAGAUGAACCUAAGGACCAAAAUGCCAAGAUGAUCAAAAUUCUAAGCGGCGAGAUGGCGAUUGAGUUACAUUUGCAGUUUCUAAUUCGAAACAACAACACAGAUUUAAUGAUACUGAAAAAUACAAAAGAUGCAGUUCGGAAUUCAGUUUGUCACACAGCUACAGUUAUCGCCAAUUCUUUUAUGCACACAGGAACCACAAGUGAUCAAUUUCUCAGGGAAAACUUGGAAUGGUUGGCCAGAGCCACAAAUUGGGCAAAAUUCACAGCAACAGCAAGUCUUGGUGUAAUCCAUAAGGGUCACGAAAAAGAGGCGCUCCAGUUAAUGGCCACAUACUUGCCAAAAGACACUUCUCCUGGAUCUGCCUAUCAGGAAGGAGGUGGCCUUUACGCUCUUGGGCUCAUUCAUGCUAACCACGGGGGUGACAUCAUUGACUACUUGCUCGGUCAACUUAAAAAUGCUAGCAAUGACAUUGUUCGUCACGGUGGUGCCCUUGGUCUGGGUCUGGCUGCUCUGGGCACAGCAAGACAGGAUGUUUACGACCUGCUCAAGUCAAACCUCUACCAGGACGACGCCGUCACUGGUGAAGCUGCGGGUUUGGCUCUGGGCCUCGUUAUGCUGGGCUCCAAAUCUGCCCAGGCCAUCGAGGACAUGGUUGGCUAUGCCCAGGAGACGCAGCAUGAGAAGAUCCUACGUGGUCUCGCAGUGGGCAUUGCUAUGGUCAUGUAUGGACGUAUGGAGGAGGCGGAUACCCUUAUAGAGAGCCUGUGUAGAGACAAGGAUCCUAUUCUUCGGCGCUCUGGUAUGUACACUGUUGGCAUGGCUUACUGUGGCUCCGGAAACAACAAGGCCAUAAGACGUUUGCUUCACGUUGCUGUAAGUGAUGUGAACGAUGAUGUGCGGAGGGCAGCUGUGGAGUCCAUUGGCUUCAUCUUAUUCAGAACUCCAGAGCAAUGCCCCAGUGUGGUGUCCCUUCUGUCUGAAAGCUAUAACCCUCAUGUGCGCUGUGGAGCUGCCAUGGCUUUGGGCAUUUGCUGCGCCGGGACGGGCAACAAGGAGGCCAUCAAUCUUCUGGAGCCCAUGACCAAUGAUCCGGUCAACUACGUGAGACAAGGAGCGCUGAUUGCCUCUGCGCUCAUCAUGAUCCAACAAACUGAAGUCACCUGUCCAAAGGUGAACCAGUUCAGGCAGCUGUACUCAAAGGUGAUCAACGACAAGCAUGACGACGUAAUGGCAAAGUUUGGUGCAAUCCUUGCCCAGGGAAUCCUUGAUGCAGGUGGUCGUAACGUGAGCAUCUCACUGCAGUCGCGGACGGGACACACACACAUGCCAUCUGUGGUGGGUCUGCUGGUCUUCACACAGUUCUGGUUCUGGUUCCCCCUGUCCCACUUCCUGUCACUGGCCUUCACCCCCACUGCCAUCAUCGGCCUCAACAAAGACCUCAAGAUGCCCAAGGUUCAGUAUCGUUCCAACUGCAAGCCCUCGACGUUUGCUUACCCGCCUGCGCUGGAGGUUCCCAAAGAGAAGGAGAAGGAAAAGGUAUCCACCGCUGUUCUUUCCAUCACGGCCAAAGCCAAGAAGAAGGAGAAGGAGAAGAAGGAAAAGGAGGAGGAGAAGAUGGAAGUGGAGGUCCUAGAAGCGGAGAAGGAGAAGGAGAAGGAAAAGGAGAGAGAGAAAGAGAAAGAGAGAGAGAAAGAAAAGGAAAAGGAGAAAAAGGAAGAAGAGAAGAAAAAAGAGGUGGAGCCAAACUUCCAGCUGCUGGAGAACCCGGCGCGUGUGAUGUCUGCUCAGCUCAAAGUGCUGACGAUGCCAGAGACCUGCCGCUACCAGCCUUUCAAACCGCUUCACACGGGAGGCAUCAUCAUCAUGAAAGACACAAGUGAGGAAGACGAGGAGCUGGUGGAGCCCGUCUCUGCUCAUGGCCCGAAGAUCGAGGAGGAAGAGCAGGAGCCGGAGCCACCAGAGCCCUUCGAGUACAUCGACGAAUAA